AUUUGCUCUUUCCCUCAUUUCUAUUUAGGAUCUUAGGGUAAGGACGGGGUUUGAUUGGGAUUUCAAAGCUUUUUCAUGGUGGAGACCGGAAAGCAUUUAUUUUUGUUUUCUAGUUUGAGUUUUCUUCUUCCCAAGCUCCCCCUUUCUGCUUACAUGGCUGUCAGAAUGCAUUUCACCACCGACCCUCUCUCCCACCUUUUCUCCCUUCAAUGCCCGUGAACUUGGGUUGCCAUUAAUGAAUGGUACGGACCUUGAUAUCUCCAAUCACCACUAUGGCUUCCUCCUUGUUCAUCAGCAUUUUACUGGUACGGCUCUGCACCUUCACUGCUUCCGCCGCCGCCGCCGCUCACCUCCACAGUAACCGGCGGAUCCUCCACCAGCCUCUCUAUCCACUGAAUACUGUGACGACUCCGGCACCGCUGCCGGCCCCCAUCCCUUUUAGUACUAUCUCGCAGCCUCCCGCUGCUUCUCCCCGACGGCAACCUCGUCUUCAAGUUCAGCCGGUUCAGCCCACAUACCCCUUUUCGUCGCAGUCGCCCCCAAACACGCCCUUAGGUUCUGCCUCCUUUUUCCCGACUGAGUCUUCUCCGCCGCCGGCCAAAAGCACGCCUACAAUUCCGGCCAACAUUUCUUCCCUCGUUCUGCCGAAGUCUUCGUCGACGAACUCUAGCGUAACCAUUUCCCGGAAACUCAUAGCUCUUAUCGUAGCCGUCUCCCUGGUUUUCAUUGCACUCUUCACCUUACUGGCCGCAUUUCUUCUCCAUCUCCGCGAGCGCGAGAAAACCUACCGCCACCAGAAAACGGACUGCCUCCGCCUUGUACCACCCAAUGUCACUCCCUCAGACGCGGAUAUCAGCGGAGGAGCCAAGAAGAAAUCACCUCCACCGCCACCGCCUCCGCCUCUGCCGCAGUUGCCCCGCUACCAAGCCUCCGCCGCCUCCACUAGCUCUGAGUUUCUCUACCUUGGUACUCUGUUUACCUCCAGAGAAUUCAACCUAGAAGCUACUCAAACUCAACCAUCUGCAGCACCCAGUAGCGUGGUACCAUUGAACUAUCAGAUGUUGGGUUCGCCGGAGCUCCGCCCUCUUCCGCCGUUGCCACGCCCGCACUGCCGACGGAGUCGCAGAAAUGCUGACGCUGACUCCGGUGAAGAAGGGGGUGAGGAUGAGUUCUACUCUCCUAGAGCAUCUUCAGUAGGCAAAACCAGCCCUAAUGGUAACGGUCCCAACUUCCGUCGGGUCUCCGGUGUUCCGGUUCAAGCUUCCGGCAGCUUUCCGUUCUCAAACUCGAGCUCUCCUACAGCCUCUCUGUCGGCUAGUCCGACCAUGGAGUUGAACUUGAGUCCUAGAAGCUUGAGGUCCAAAUCACCAGAUUCACUGGCAAACUUCCCGGCACCGCCGCUGUUAUACAUUCCACCUCCACCGCAGCGGGAGCCAAGAACAGUACAUGCGGCUUCUCCUUCUUCUGAUGACACCCAUAAGUCCCAGUACCGAGCUUCAGAUUCCUCAGCACAGGUUUUGGAGUCUCCUGUAAGUCAACAAGCUGAUUCUAGGCCCUUUGACUCGGUCAAAGGGCCGCCACCACCACCUCCACCACCGGCGAGCGGUUUGGAACCUCCAGCGACGGCGAAUGUUGGACCACCUGUACUCAUAACACCAUCCCGGCAGGUGGUAAGCAAGAAUUUAAAUGAAGAAGCUGUGAAGCCUAAGCUGAAGCCUCUGCAUUGGGAUAAAGUCAAGGCCAGCUCUGAUAGAGUUAUGGUUUGGGAUCAUCUAAAAUCCAACUCUUUUCAGCUAAACGAAGAAAUGAUUGAGACAUUGUUCAUUGUGAAUUCUACAAAUUCAUACCAAAAAGAUGGGGCAAAGCGAACAUUUCCACAGGAAAAUACAGUGCUUGAUCCAAAGAAGUCCCAGAACAUUGCAAUUUUGUUAAGGGCACUUUACAUUACAGCUGAGGAAGUUUGUGAAGCACUUAUUGAAGGAAGUGCUGACAGCUUAGGAGCAGAACUACUUGAAAGCUUGUUAAAGAUGGCUCCUACUAAAGAAGAGGAGCGUAAGCUGAAGGAGUUCAAGGAUGAAUUGCCGUUUAAAUUAUGCCCAGCCGAAAAGUUUCUCAAGGCAGUUCUUGACAUACCAUUUGCUUUUAGAAGGGUGGAUGCUAUGCUUUACAUUACCAACUUUGAUUCAGAUGUUGAGUACCUUAAGAGAUCAUUUGAGACACUUGAGGCUGCAUGUCAAGAGCUGAGGAAGAGCAGAAUGUUCAUGAAACUCUUAGAAGCCGUACUAAAAACAGGGAACCGCAUGAAUGUCGGAACCAACCGUGGAGAUGCCAGUGCGUUCAAACUCGAUACCCUGCUAAAACUUGUAGAUGUAAAGGGCGCAGAUGGAAAGACCACACUCCUCCACUUCGUCGUUCAAGAAAUAGUAAGAGCAGAAGGGUCCCGUCUCUCCGGUUGUCAUCAAAAUGCAGAAAAGAAGCAAUUUGUCAUACAGGAAGAGGUCGAGUUCAGAAAGGUCGGCCUUCAAGUGGUUUCUGGAUUGAGCGGGGAGCUGACCAAUGUCAAGAAAGCUGCUGACAUGGACUCCGAUGUACUCAUCAAUGAAGUUUCAAAGCUAGCAGACGGAGUUUCCAAGAUUACCCUUGUAGUGAAACUAAUAGAAGGCGAAAAGGGAGAGAAUACAACAAAAUUCUCAGAGUCGAUGGACACAUUUCUAAAGAAGGCCAAAGUGGAAAUAAUAAACAUUCAAGCUCAAGAAAAUGUGGCCAUGUCGAUGGUGAAGGAGGUGACUGAAUACUUCCACGGUGACUUGGCUAAGGAAGAAGCUCGCCCGUUGCGUGUUUUCAUGGUGGUUAGGGACUUCUUGGGUGUGCUUGAUCAGGUAUGCAAAGAUGUUGGGAAGAUAAACGAGAGAACCAUAGUCAGCUCGGUACGACAGUUCCCAAUGGUGGCGGUUAAUGCACAGGUUUUUCCUGGGUACAUUGACAAACAGCAAGAUAGUUCCUCAUCCGAUGAUGACAGCUCUUCUUCAACUGUCUAGUUCUCCUGGCUCUUUCUUUGUGCCAGAUUAUCACUGUAUAGUGUUCAAACCACUUAGGGGGUAAAAUGGGGAUUUUCUUUCUAAUGCAUCAACUUAAGAUUCCUGAUGCCUGUUUUUGUUUCUACAUGUUCUAUAACAAUUAAAAUUUGGAAUCUGAUGCAUGUAGGCGCCUAGAAGGUACGGAGUAAGUUAUUAGAAAACACUAUUAUGUUUUAUUUAUUUAUUUCUAUUGCAUGUAAGAGUUAGCUCGUACCCAAC